AUGCGGAAGGGAACGCCGUAUUUGAUUGGUGACACCACUGUCAUCAGCCACCAGGACAAACACUCCAGGCUGUCCGAGAAGGUGCGACGGGGCAGCACAAUGGACCUUGUUCGCAUGCUGGAGACUGAGCUGGCUGCGUCGGCUGCUACGCACGACCUCACCAGCAUCUGGGGCUUGACGCAAGGACGCUGCGGGAAAGGUGCCAUGAGGUACAUGACGCUGGUUCCUUGCUGGGCCGGGUCACUGUGCAUCGGCACCGCGCUUGGCUACGCGCUUCCUGGCGGCCGCACUCUGGACGAAGCGGGACAUCGAGGCUCCUUUGACAUUCCACACAGGCAGAUAUUGUGGUUCGGUUCCAUGAUGAGCCUGGGUGCGGUGUUCGGCUCUCUAGCCGGGGCGAUGCUGACGCAGCUGAACGGCCGCCGCUGCAGCCUGUCUGUUGCAGCAAUGGGCCUGUUCGCGUCCUGGCUCGUAAUCGGCUGGGCGCAGAACAUGUACUACUACUGCGGCGCGCGAUUCGUCGGCGGCUUCUUGACCGGCGUCGUCUCCCUCGUCGUGCCGGCGCACAUAGCAGAGAUGGCCCCGGGCGCCGUGCACCAGUUCGCUGUCACACUAGGUAUCCUGUACUCGUACUGCGUCGGCCGUUUCCUGGACUGGGCCUGGUUGGCCGUGUUAUGCGCACCUCCUGCCGUUGCGUUGCUCUUCUUCACCAGAGGUUUUGCAGUGGAGUCUCCUCGCUGGAUUCUACAGAAGGGCGACACCAUGGGCGCUUUGAAGGCGCUCAUUACUUUGCGUGGUUCCAAGUCGCGGGCCGACAUCGAGUUCGACGCCAUCCAGGCAGUGUUGCCAAAGUACAGGACCCCCGUGGCGCACUACUUGCUCGCACUGCUGCUGGUGGUGACGCAGCAGUUGAGCGGCAUCAACAGCGUCAUCAUCAGCACAGUCAGCCUGGAGCCCGAAUCCGAAUUCAACGCGCCUUCCAUGGACAGCGCCAUCAUUCUUGCUCUGCUGCAGACUUUGGCAGCGCUGGUAGUCGUGCCUUUCAUCGACUCAGCAGGCCGUCGCAAGUUGCUCGCGCUUUCCGUGGUUGUGUGCUGGGGUAGCAUGACCAUCUUGGGAGUCAUCUACUAUAGCUCUACGCCUGAUCGACCCGCGGUCGUCGACGAUUCGACAGCGACGCCUCCCGCCGAUGUAGAAGUAGAGGCGGGCACUUCAGACGCCGCCACAACGCCAGACGCCAACAGCAUGCUCACGUUUGCUUUGAAGGCCUUGUUCGUUGUCGCCUUCUCGGCUGGCUUGGGACCCGUCCCGUGGAUCCUUGCGGCGGAGCUCGUUCCCCUCCGUGGCACCGGACUGGAGUUUGGAAGCGUGUGCGCAGCCAGCUGGGCCGGCUCCUUUGUGACGGCCAACUUUGUCUCUACCACUGCUACUACCCGGAUGCUCGCCGUGUCCCUCUGGCUGUACGGGUUCAUCGCCCUCACCGGAGGGCUGAUCAGCUUCACACUGCUCCCCGACACUGACUGCAUGUCCAUCGAGGAUAUCCUGCUUAUCGAUCCUGACGAGAGGGCUCGAAAAAGGAAGAUGAGAUCAAAGAGCCAAGGACAUAUCUUUGCCCCACCUGGUUCGGGAGGCCGUGGCAGCAUUAGCGAAGGUGCGAGGUCCGUCGCCAAGCCACCGGUACUGGAGAAGCCGCAGCCAGGUACCGCCGAAACCUCAUUGAAAAGAUUGACACCAGAUAAGCGGUCGUCAGACGUCGCUCGAGCCCCAUCAGAAGACUUGACAGCUGAGCAGCGACAGUCAUCUGUCAGCCGCACUCCAACAGAAGCUUUGACAACGGAGAAUCCGGAUUCGGACGUCUCCCAGGACUCAUCGAAGGCCUCGGAUAAGAAACUUGCCGCGAUCAGCGAGCGACAGCCGCCGGAUCUCGACCAUCGCAAGUCAUCUGUCGCGUCUCAAAAGUCGAAGGCGUCCAAGGCAAGCGCAGGUUCAGCACCCUCAAGUGAGAGUGCCAGGAAGAGGAAGGGUACCAAGUGAGAUGAAAGGCCUCGCCAUCGCCCGUCCGGUGUUUGACGAAGUCACGUGUCUUGAGAAGUGACAUAACGUUUCAGCAGCUACAGCUGUGAGGAAAGAAAAAAAAAAAAAAAAACUUUAAGACGCACGAAAAACUGGACCUAUGACAUCAUAGUAGACUACUUA